CAUUGUAUCUUCAUAAAAAUGCGUUUUUGACCCUGAACAAAUCACUGUUAGCAUGCCUCUAUAAACAUGGAAUCAGUGUUCAUUUGAUGUAAUUGAUAAAAGGGUAUCCCUGUGAGCCAUCGACAAAUAAUCAGAUGCAUAAUCUUAAUACGGCUUCUGCGAUUCUGGCUCUGAAAAGUCUGAUAAAAAACUGAUAAAAUGUAUAAUUCCCCCAUUGCCAUUGCUGCUGAUUGCAUUGGCAUUGGCAUUUAUCCAUGAUGAUUUUGCCUACUGUCCCAGGUGUGGACCAUCGGAUACUCAUGGGUCUAUGUGACGAACUUCGGCAUUAUUUCCGUCCCAAGGGAGGCCUCCCAGAGGACCACAAUGCUCCGAUGUCUCAACUCAAGGGGGUCACUUCACCACAGCAAUGGACCUUUUCACCAAAAACAAAGACGACAGGACCCAAACAAAGUUCCAAUGUUUUUGUCAGAUUUUUAUGCGAGGGAAAGGAUGCCUUCCUCAUCACCCUUUGGCUCAACGACCACAUCCGCUCUUGACUCCCUUCGAGUCUUAUUCGAGGAGAAGUUUGAGCUGUUUAUGGGAGGGAACAACCAUGCCCUGUAUCUCCUACAAGGUCUCAACAAGCAGCGAAGCAGCGGACUAUUGUGUGAUGUAAUCAUAGCAGCAGACAACGAGGAAUUCCCGUGUCAUAGGAGCGUGUUGGCUGCUUGUAGUCCGUAUUUUAUGGCCAUGUUUACAGGGGAGAUGAGGGAGAGUGUGGAGAGGAAAGUAAACAUUUCGGGCAUUGACCGGGUGACCAUGCGUCUGCUCAUCGACUUCACAUACACCGCUGAACUCCAGAUCACAACAGAGAAUGCCCAACUCCUCCUGUCAGCAGCUAAUCUCAUUCAAAUUAACUCCGUAACAGAAGCCUGUUGCAAAUUCUUAGAAAAAGAAAUGGACCCAAGUAACUGUCUCGGAAUUCAUUGUUUUGCUGAAGUUCACAGCUGUACGAAACUUUCCGAGACGGCAAAGGUUUUUGCUUUGGACUACUUCUGCGAGGUUAUGAAAAAUGAGGAGUUGUUGUCACUGCCACAGGACAAGUUAGUCGAGUUUAUUCAGGAUGAUGAUCUGAGGGUUGAAUCGGAAGAUGUCGUACUCACAGCAGUGUUGAAUUGGGUCAAACACGACUUCGAUGCACGAUUGUCGAGUCUGGGGGACGUUCUCCAACAUGUUCGUCUUCUAUUGGUGGAUCCUUACUUCAUGUUCGAUACGCUGGAUUCAGAGCCAAUACUCCGGGACUCAGAAGAAUGUAAAGGGAUGAUUGAGGAAGCUAAGCGAUAUUAUGUGCUGAAGGAUCGAAGAAAAGAUGGCUCCAAUCCUCGUUGCCGCCCCCGAAAGUCAAUGCCAAUCACCACGGUCAUCUUCACAGUCGGGGGAGAGAUUUAUAACAAAAAUUACCUCAACUGUGUCGACUAUUUUGACAUUGAAGGAAACUUGUGGAGUAAGGCAAAGGACCUGCCAUUCCCACGGUGUCACCACGGUGCUGCAGUUACAGACGAAGAAAACAUUUAUAUAUCAGGUGGUUAUAAUAAGGAAAAAGUGGUGCUAAACAGCGUGCUGAGGUAUGAGGUUGCAAUCGACAAAUGGGUACAAGUCGAGAACAUGCUCCUUCCAAGGGCAAGACAUGCCAUGGCCUCUGUGGAUGGAAAGAUCUACACCCUUGGAGGAUUUGAUGGACAAGGGCGCGUAAAGUCUGUCGAGCAAUACUGCCCUUUCAAAAAUACUUGGAAGUUUGUGGCCAAUAUGAAUUAUGCUGUCAGUCGCCUACAAGCAUGUGGUUUUAAUGGCUAUUUAUAUGUCGCAGGUGGAGUAUCAGACCCCAACAAUCAGUGCAUAGAUGCCUUACAGAGGUACAAUCCUAAUACAGACGUCUGGGAAUUGCUUGCCCCGAUGCCUGUACCACGGUCCCUGAGCGGUCUAGUAACAGCUGGUGGUAAACUUUAUUCAGUGGGAGGGACGUUAGAAAUGGUAACAGCCACGCGGCAGCUUACCUGCUAUGAUGUGGAGGCAAAUCAGUGGACGGAGUUGACACCAAUGACUGAUACACGGUUUGAUGCAGGUGUCACAUCCUUGGGCAGCAAGAUCUAUGUUUUGAGCGGCCAUGAUGGAGAAAACUCAUUCUUUCAUACAAUCGAACAAUACGACACAGUCACCAACAAAUGGACAGUUCUCAACACCUCCAUGCCUUUUGGACGUUGUCGGUUUGGAUGUGUGGCAUUACACGUGAAGAAAAGACUGUAAAUGUGAGACAGCUGUUGUGCCCUAGAAUAUGAUUAAAGACGUGGACUGGUGAAAGCUGGCAAACGUAACCAAACUUGCUUAUGCAUCAACAUCGUUGUGAUGUACGAUCCGAAAUGGGCAAGGAAGGACGUCCAGAUAAGCCCGUCAUAAACCAUGAAAUAUUCGCAGCUGUCAUUGUGUGCGACCAUGUGAAUCUCUGGCGUAGCUUCAAUGUAACAUGUUGGUAAUAUUAUUACUAUAAUCAGUACAUUCUGUGUUGCUGUUUUUUUGCGCAUUUUGCCGAUUGCAAAGAGAGAUCUUGUGUUUUCUGUGCAAAUUCAAUGGACUAUGACCUGGAGAGCUCCAUAGGGAGCUGCUUCCUAUAUGGUAGCUAUACAAACAGUUAGUUUGAAAUUCUGUGAUGUUUAUUAUCUUGUUGUAAUCAAAUUGUGCAAUAUGGAAAGGUAAGAGGUAAACAAGAGACAUUCAGGUGUUCUUAUUUUGUGCGAGAUUAAAAAUAUGGUUUCUAAAAAUCAUCUUCGAUUGUGCAUGAACUUAAAUUAUACAUGUAUUAAGAUUUCAAAUAUUCAAUUUUGUCAUACACACCAUAGGCCCUUUACCAGAUAUGCCUUUACCACCUAGGGUCGGGCAAGCAAACCAUCUUUACAAUAGAUCUUCACAGUCAAAGACCCCAGGCAAUGGCUUGAGGCAUAUCUGGCAAUUAAGGGCCUAUUAAACAGUGUGUAGUGUACUUGAGACGCCAGACUUGCCUUGCUAUGCUGUUUUCUGUUGAGGUCAUUGAAUGCAAGUCACUGGUGAUCAUCUUAUGACUGAUAAAUCUCUUGAUAAUCAAAUGAUACUAUGUAUGUAAGUAAAGGGCAAUAGCUGAACUAAUAAAAUG